UAAUGUCGUCUGCUUUUAGAUCGUCGUCUGCUCAACAGAAACGCCUCCUCUUCGUUGAGUGGUGUAGAAACGUGGACCAGAGGAGGAAAUCUGAAGUUAUGUUUUGAGUGAUAAUGUGAACUUAUUAGUGUAUUAAGUAAUAUUACGUCUGUUAAAGUGGACACCUUCCUCAGUGUUUUCUACACCCCCCAACGAACGAACGAAAAUGGCGACUGAAUUUGGAACUGGCAAAACAAUCUUCAUACUGGCCAUAGUUGUAGGUUGUUUUGCUAUAUUAUGGCCGAAGAUAUUUUAUCCAAUGCUUCAGUCUUCAGUUGCACCUAAACCCACUACAGUUCCAACUGCAGAUUGCUGUGAUGUCAUAUUUGAUAAAGAUUUAAACGCUAUUAAAAUCAUGUCUCAACUGUGCGAAAAAAUUCUUAUCGGACAGAGUGACAUAGAUAAAAGAUUUCUGUUGGCCUUCCAACAAGGAAGGCUGACCAAAGAAAUUGUCGACAAGUGUAACUCUGAAGUUCAUGAUAAAUGCAAUGUAGACAUUGCAGAGUUUCUCAAGGACAAAGUACGCUUGGGUAAAAGUUACCAGCAAAUGCUCAAUGAAUUGCGAACCUUAAAUAGCUCUUUGUGUUUGAAAAUAAAUUUUGGUAUUUCCCCGGCUCUGAUUGGAGCUCCUCGAAGAUUCCGAGUAUGGGAAACAAAGCACCUAAGGCAGGAGAGACCACCCCAUUUACGGCCACAUAUGCUUCAUCCUGCUUUGAGAGAAAAGGGGCGAGCUAUUCCCCAUUCCCAUAUCGUCCCUCGAGUCGUUGAAAAAGAACCACCGGCCGUGCCGAUGCCCAUGCCUGGGAUGAGGCCUCCGAUGGGAGGUCCCGGACAUGUGGUGCCUGCGCCCAAGACAGGAGGAACUAUGGGUAUCAUCAUGCCUCUCUAUACCAUCGGCAUUGUCAUAUUCUUCAUGUACACUAUGAUGAAGCUGAUCUUCAAGAAGUCAGAUGAAAGCAGUGCAUACAAAGAGUUCGAGCCGGACCCAGAGUUCCGCAGGGUUGUGUUUAACGAUACUCCUCCGUCAGCUGUCUACCAAGCUAAACUUGCUCAAGGUCACGCAGACGACAACAAUACCAAGCUCGGUUGGAAGGAGAGAGAUGCGAGGGACAUAGAAUUGGAUCAGCUGAGAAGGAGGUUGGAAGAAACAGAGGCAGCAAUGGAACGCAUUGUUGCCCAGAUGGUCAAAGUCCCCCACAAACCUAGUCAGGAGGUUGAAGAAAAACUCGUCACAAAAGAGGAAGCAGCCAAAGUGCUCGAGUCGAAACCGGAAAAGGUAGAAGAAAUAGAUUUAGAGGAAAAAUCAAAGGAUGUAGAAGUAGAAGAAAAAUUAGAGAAAGAAAUAGAACGUGGGGUUCAAGUGGUGGGGAUGGAAAUGACGGAGAGUUUGGAAGGGGGACAGAAAUGGAGUCGUCCUCCUACUCCGCUAACCCCCCGUAGCGCCACACCCACCAUACCCCCUCCCCCUCCACCACCGCCUCAGAGUAUUUAUUUGGAAGGCUCUCUUCCGUCCCAGAGUCAGCUGUUAGUUAGCCAAUCAGAGAUUGAACAAUUGUCCCAGGAAAACGACGAAUCCCCGGUCAUUUUGGCGGGGAAAGUUACUUUGUCACUCAUCGGGCUGGACGACACAUUGAAGGCAGACAACGGAGGUCCUGAAGUCACGUUUAUGUCAGACGAAGAAGAAGAAGAAGAGGAUGAAGGCAUUGAACAAGCCUCUGAAGAUGAAGCAGAAGCUGAUAAUCUUGGUUUUAAUGUGGAAGAAGAUUUGACUACAAACUACACAACAGCGAGUGCCGCAGCAGGUCUAGGGGAUGAAACAGCGGCAGACAUAUCGACUAUGGAACCUCACCAUGACGAUGACGAAGAGUAUGAAGAAGAACUUGAAGAAGAUGAAGACGAAAUCAUAAGCAAACCUCAGGUUUUGAUGGCAACAAAGAAAGAUAAUUCGAGGCAAGUAGUUGCUGAAGAAGAAGAGGAAGAGGAGGAAGAAGAAGAAGAGGAGGAGGAGGAGGAAGAAUUAGAAGAAGAAGUUGGAAGGCCUCAAAGCUUACUUCAUCAGCACCGACGUUGAGUUCCCAUCACAAAUCCCUUUCAUUCAUCCAUCAUACAUAUUCAAUAUUGUUGACAUUUAGCAUAGGGAAAAUUGUUAAGAAUCUAAAUGAAACUUGUGAGAUUUGUACACUUAGCCUUUUAUUGUUACUCUAUUGGCACGUUAAUUAGCAUAAAGAUGUUGGCUUUCUUUAUUUUGCUUUUGCAUUGUAAAUAUUACUUUGUCAGUAAUAUUUUAUUCUAAUUUUUCUUGUCUUCCUUUAAAAGCCUUCCAGCAUAGAUUGUGAUAUUUUGUUUUUGUGCCAAUUUUUCUUAUGUCACUACAAGUGCAUGUUUUCUUCUGUACAAACCAUUGUGCCAAAUAUUUAAUAAAUCCUUAGAGAAAUUU